CACCCUCAAAAUAGAUCAUAGAUCUCUCACGCCGACACACCGAUUCCACCGACGACUUUCGCCUGAACCCUUAAAAUCAUGACAUCACCACCCUCGACCAUCUCCCGCUUGAAUGCAUCAUCCACCCAAACAGCGGUUAUGCACAUGAGGUACACUAGAUUCAACUGACAUUCACACAUAUAUAUACCAAACCACCAACCUCGUCCAACUCGUAGCGUAACCAACCCCAGCAACCUCAUCAUCCCUAACAGCAAGCCUCACCAAACACCACACCAAAGUGUACAAAUCUCUUCCUCAAGAACCAGCAAUGUCUGCAUCUUCCUCCUCAAACCCCAACGCCCCCCUCUCAACCGCCGACAAACUCGGCGCGAACGCCUCCACAAACGCAAUCCCCAACGAAAACCCAAGCAUGAUAUCCUCCGAGGGCGCCAUAGGCAAGCAGUUCAACCCGGAUGGGGCGUUCGGACAGAUUGGCGAGAAGAUCGGCGGGCCGUUUAGUAAGGAAGGGGCGAUUGGGAGGCAGUUUGACGCUUCGAAGGAUGGGAUCGCGGGGACGGUGGAGAGGGCGGUGGAUGGGCCGAGGAAUCCGGCGGGGAGUGGCGGGUUGGCGAAGUGAUGGAUCAAAUGAAUGGAUGUGCGUGGGGAAUCGAAAAGUGAAGUCGUGUUAGUUCUAUGUUGACCGUGUCUUCUGUGGAUAUGAGUUUGUGUAUUCGCACAAGUGGAGGAUGUGGUAGUGAGUAUUUGAUA